AUGAAGAUACUCCCAACACGCGGAAAGCCGCACGGCAUGCUUCCUGCUCUUAUCGCGCUGAACAUAUCCCCGAACUCACCAAUAUCACCCAAUAUCACUACGCCCAUUUCGUCCCACGCAUACGUAUUUUAUGCCACAAAUACUGAGUAUGCAUGCUCAGUGCUCAUCAACAUGGCGCUGAUUCGAAAAUGGGGCUCAAAAAUACGAUUCGUUUUCCUUGUAACAGACAAAGUGCCAAAGGCGUACGUCGAAAAGGCGGCUUCCCAUUUCGGUGCGCAUAUUGUAAGCGUUACUCCUCCUCCACCUCCUGCCGGGACAAAUCCCAAUGAUGUUGCUACAUAUGGGGAGGUCAUGACGAAACUUCUGGCCUUUUCGCUGUCUACAUAUGGGUACACCAGAAUCUUGACAUUAGAUGCAGAUCAAUUAGUUCGUAAGAAUCUUGACCAUUUAUUCGAAUUGCCACACGUCGACAUCGCAAUACCCCGCGCGUAUUGGUAUGUAGAGUUUCACGGCGUUGACAAGCAACCGGAUGGACGUGGCGGGGUCGGUUGGGCUGCCUCACCCCUAAUGGUUAUCGAGCUAUCACCACGACUCUGGAAGAGGGUUCAAGGUCGUCUUGCUAACCUGGAGAAAAAUGAAUACGACAUGGAUUUGAUCAAUCACGAGUUUGGAAACGAAGUCCUGCUCCUUCCCGGUCGGUAUGUCACGUUGAAUAAUCAUUGGGACACAGAAACGGUCCCCAAAUGGUCUUCCUUUUGGACGGCGGAAUCCGCAAAGAAUCGUACCACUCUAAGCCGCGUAUAUGAAGAAGAGGUGGAGGUGGUCCAUUUCAGUGCAAAUGUAGGGCGCUACGGUAAACCAUGGACAGUCCCAAACGGUGUAAUUAGGGAGAAUGCACAUCCUGUUCUCAAGGAUAUGUACUUGGAAUGGUGGACAUCUGCUGCGCGACUGUGUCCUGAGUGGGAAAAUACAAUCUAG